AUGGCUUCGACGACCUCGCGCCCGCCCGCGACGCCCGAGGCGCUAACUGCGGCGCUCCUCGAUGCGGCCGCGUCGGGCGCCGCCGCGGAGGCCGAGCGACUCCUGCGCGACGGCCACAUCUCGGCCACCGUCAAGCAGCGGAUGCCUCUCCGCAUUUGCCCCAAGAUUGCGUGCAUCGCACCUACACUGUGGCACGCGCAGUGCUCCGCCACUGCAUUGCAUUUGGCUGCGGCACACGGACACCUCGACUGCGUGCGUGUCCUGCUCCUCCGCGGCGCCGACCCUCGCGCGCUGACACGCAGCCUCUGUGGCGCGACGCCGUCGAUGCUCGCCGCCUUUGGCGGCCACGCCGCCGUCCUGGCGUGCCUCGAGGCGGCGAGCGAUCGCCCGCAUCCCGCUACGCGCCUCUCUCCGCUGCUGCUCGCCGCCGCGGCGGCCGGCGGAAAUGGCGCGACUGCGGAGGAGGCGGCCGAGGCGGCGGCGGCGUGCGUCGGCGUCCUCCUCGGCGCCGGCGCCGCAUCGCGCGUCGCGCCCGACGGCGCGAGCGCCGGAGGCCUCACGCCGCUGCACGUGGCGGCGGCGCUCCACCGCGCUUCGGCUUGCGCGCGCCUCGUCGAGGCUGGGAGCAGCGUGCAGCGGCGCGACGCCGCGGGCCGCACGCCGCUCGACUACGCGCGGCGGGCGCAGCCGGCGGCCGGGGAGGAGGCGCAGCGCGCGACGCUGCGUGCGCUGCUCUGGCUGCCGCCGGUGCGGCUCCUCUGGCUAGGGCAGCGGUCCACGCCCGGGGUGGGGCUCGGCAAGCUCGACCGCGACGCGAUGCUGCUGGUCUGCAGCGCGGUGGUCGGGGCCGCGGAGCGCGGCGGCGCGCCCGCCACGCCGGAGGGCACGGGCGUGGCGGAGGAGUUUUGGCGGAGGACGGCCACGUAUUUUACGUGGCAUCUCCACAAUCUCGGUGUAAGAUGCUAG